GCCUGCUGUCGACAAUGGGCAGCCUUGCAUGCGUUCACAUCAUAUUUGGUUCGGCGCAUUGAAUGAAUUGAUUAUUAGGGUUAGGAGAGUCCUAUAGGUCGUAUAGACGGCGCUAUAGAAAUACCUGUUAUAUAGGGCAGCUAUAGUGGCUAUUGUUUAAUAUGCACACGAUAAGGGGUUCUAGUUGGAUAUUUGCGAUUAGCUGAGUUAAUUUAGAAAUUCUAAAUACAGACUUGAAGAGGACCGUUAUAAUAACGAAUAGAUCGGAGGGUCGGGGUUGCAUGUUCCUGUUUGGCCGAUAAAUGCAUGCGGAUGACUAUGAAGCUAUUAACUAGUCCUUGACAUACCUAUGGAUAUUAUCACAACACCUUUUGUGAUAGAAUGAAACUACAAGGAAAUAUAUUUACGGACUUGUUUGCUACACGUCGCGAACAGGACACCGCACUGCUAUGCUUUGCAUAAUUAUUUUGUCGAGUCUAUUACAGUCUGGUACUUUUCCCUUGUGUUUCUUCAAUCGUACUCUCCUAAACGGUUAUACUCAUUAUCUCUCAUGAACAUUUCCGGAAACGCAUUAUGGGAGAGAUCCUUUGGGUUGCCAAGGAAAUACAUUUCUUUUUCCCGUUGUUUCGGAUCAUAAUCAGAGACUACGAUCUUGAGGUUAAAAAGUGAAACUGGAGCGACAUAAGAGAUACCGGAUCAUACGAUAUUUGGUGGAUAAAGUGCGGGAUUAAAAUGGAGGUUAUUCAUCAACAAGAGUAGAUGAUAUCUCGAGGGAAAAUGUCGCUUUCGUCAUUCGCUUGUGAUUUCCAGUUCGAAUUACAGCUCUAUGUUUGAUGUCACAGCAAACUAAAGAUGCGUAGCUAGUUAGAAAUAAUUUGUUACUUGCCAUAUAAUUUUUUUUAUUUCUCGUCAUACUGAAGACAUUUCAUUUUCGGUGUUGCAACACGCAGUUUUAAUCAAAUCAAAGGAGCUUUUUUUUUGCUUUUGAGUCUUGGAAAGCCGUCUUGUCCAGCUUCAUGAGGAAUGCAGAAACUUCAAGUAUAACUCCUGGAUUACAGACUACAUAGUUCUAGUUCAACGAUAUGUUACCUAGGGAAGCUCUAUGCUUUCUGACAUUGACUAAAAUUCUUCAACCAUGUCAUAAACUCAUAUUUAUCGAGCAGCAAGAUUAAAAUACCCGGGUUGAUUCACAACGCAAAGGCCUAUACUGCGUAUAUAAUUUAGCAUUAUCUAACGUUAACACAUGGAAGAUCCGGUGUUGCUUUAAUACAGACCACGGUAAUAUACUGACUGCCCGUGUGAUUAAGUGAUACAUCCUUUGAAAGUUGAAAGGAGCGUUGACUUCUUGUUUCCGGAGUUCAACGCAUUUAGUAUUCAGUCGAAUGCAAGCCGUAGCAUUUCAUCAGAAUGCAUUAUUCUCUUCCACAGAGAACUGAAAUCAUUUGUUCUUAGUCAUUGUGUGUAUUGGACAACGAGAAUAAUAAUUUGCUUAACUUUAGGAACUACUACAAGACGUCUGUAUAUGGAGUCAAUUUUAAUGAAAUGCGGGAACAGUAAUACGAAUCCGACAUGGUGAAUAUAUUAUUGUUUUAAUCUUGUGAUCAAUUGGAUUUUUAAAAUUCACAUAUGUUCUACCCACGUGAUGGAACAGCGAGUGUGUAGAGGUUUACAGUAAACGUUCUUAGGUCAAUCUAGAGGGCGCUAUAGCAGGAGGAUUCUUUUGCACUGGUGUCAAUCUUGAUUUCAACUCACCAUGGCCAUGGUGCAUACAUGCUUUCGCUUUGGCAGACGGCUUACAAUCGUUAUUGUCUUUGCCGUAGCCUUCAUUAUAACUCUAAACAAUAUAAUAACAUACCAACCCGUUGAUGACUAUAGGCGAGAAAAUUCCCGUGACUACAACUCUGGAUCAAAUGCAACGGAACCACAGCGACAAAGUUUUCCAAACCUAGCAAGAAAGUCACAGUGGUUUAGAUAUUAUUUAACCGACCAGCAAAUAGCAGUGCAGAAUUGGAAACUGAGCCCUGAUCCGCACAAUUUUCAUUACCUUCACAACCCAUUGGGUAUGUGUUCUAAUGCUCAAGGUCCGUCCGAGAUUCUUUUGGUCAUUUUUGUGAAUUCAUCUCCCGGAAAUGCUGGGAAGAGAGCGUACAUACGCAAUACCUUCGGUAGCUACUACGCGUGGCCUUCACAGGGCGAGGGACAGUCCGCCAUGCGGAUUGUAUUCUUGCUUGGUGCAGUUCGUGAUAACAAACUGCAAGCAGACAUCAACUUUGAAUCUGACUUUUACAAAGACAUCGUGCAGGAGUCCUUCAUUGAUGACUACCUGAACUUGACCCGGAAGACUAUCAUGGGUAUGAAGUGGGUCACCCACUUCUGCAGGAGAGCCAGUUACACCAUGAAAGUCGAUGAUGAUAUCAUCAUCAAUGCUCCAUUGGUGUAUAACAUCCUCCAGACAGCUUCUCCUACCAAGUUCACCCUUGGGACAGUUCUUUUUGCGACCCCGGUUCGUUCGCCACGAGGACUGUACGGGAAGUUCCUCACCCCAGAAUCACUCUAUCCUGAUAAGGUGUAUCCGCCGUACUUCAACGGACAUGCAUACCUACUUUCCACAGACGUCGUAGAGAACAUCUACCGUGUUUCCUUGGAAACGGAUCUUUUCCCUUGGUCCGACGUCUUUGUUGGCAUGUGUCUUAAAAAACUUGGAAUUCGGUUACGCCAUUCGAGCCGCUUUCUGAGCGGAGGUUUCCCGAUGGCUACUAAGACGGAGCUGGCAGAGAACGACAAUGCCUUAGAUGAAAUCCGGGAAUACGUCAGUGUCUUCCAUUUCACUGUGCCGAUCAUGAAUCAGUUAUGGGAGAUUUGGACUCGAGAGCUUUAAAUACACAUCAUCAUUUACCUUGUUCACAUUCCGAUAAAGGGACGAUUGCAAUAGCUGUAUAGCCUAAGUCCUAUUUGUGGCAUAACCAGUAAUUUAUGGUACGAUCAUUUAUGUUUGUUUUCGAUGCUUGUUGCACUCGAUGCGUUAUUUCAGUUGUGUUGAUGAUAAUAUCUGUACUAAUCGAGCCUAUGGAGGCAAUCAGCCUAUACGUCAGUAAUUGAAAGCAAUGGAGGUUCUGUUCAGUUUGCAAUUAUUAUUAAUAAUUUUUGUUGGUAUUCAUAAUUAACCGCAUGGCGCGUCAGAGACCACACCAAUCGAUGACGUAGCGCUAAGCAGAAUGACGCCUCGUUUGCAAAGGAUCUCAGGUUCUUUGCAUGACAACUAUGCCGUUUCCAAUAGGAAAUGUAAUGUAUUCGUACCAAUAUGAUCAAAGUUAGGGUAAGAUUUCGUCGGACUAAGUGGUUUGAGGACCAACACUCUAACUAAAGUGUUUGUACAUGUUUGUUGUCAUGUUACACAGAGUAACUUCAGGUUAUGUCUGUGUGAAGUGGAACAGUUGCUUCUAUCCAUGUUAUUCAUGUAUCUCUAUCCAUGUUACACAUGUUUGAAAUGCUAGAGCGCGGCAAUGGAAGCACAGCUAAAGCCGGGGUAAUAAUCUCCAAGUUUGGAAGCGCUUAGUGGUUCUAAUAAGCGCUAUAUAAAAACUGAGUAUUAUUAUUAUUAUUAUUAUUUGGCAUAAACAACACUUGCUCCGCCUCAAUAUCCUACUCUUUCCGAAGUACUAACGUCAACCCUGGACCAAACACUACACCUAACCCUACCUUAACCUUAACGCUAACCCUAAACUUAAACCUAUUCUGAAGCCCAAUAUUAUUGCAACCCUCCCUCAGUCGUACACAUGCUUCAAUUCAAUCUAUUCAUGUUUCCAACAAAACAUUACAAAUCAAUUAUAAACAUUUACAACAAAUGUAGAUUGAAAUAUAUAUUGGAAACAGAGGGGUCCACUAACAAGCAGUGCUUGCACAAGUAUGGACACCUCAAAUUCAAUUCAUUCAAUUCAAUUCAAAUGAACAAUUAUUUUCUUUCAUUCGAUUUGACAACACAUUUGACAUCUGUUCAAACAAUACAAAUUAUUAAAGUCGAGAGCAAUUAUCGAAAGAGCAAAUGUUUGAUCCCAUAAUUAUAUUUAGUCGAAAUAAUUUUCUGUUGAUAAAACACGACGAUCAGACUCAGAUACUUAAGUUCAUCACCAACAUGUCCGUUCAAUUUUGAAAGGUUGUCUAUUACCACUGUCAAUGUGAUAAGACUAGGUGGAUUUCUCUAUGGUAUUUAGUUUAAUUCGUUUUUUUAUCUUAAAGGUAAAGAUCAGUUUGGGUCAUGCGAUUGCAUUGUGAAAGAAACGUUGUGGAAUAGAUCAGAAAAGGUUGAUCGUCUAGCAUAUCAGUAUUGGUGCAAGGUUCUGGAAUCAUCAAACUGAUAAGAAAUUUGGCCCAGUCUUGGUAAAGUUACAAGCACUGUACACAGAAAGAUGUAUAUGGGACUACACAAUUGGUGUCGGGGCUACUAUACCUUGAUUUCCUUAUCUUUCUAUGCUCAUUACUCAGCCAGUAUACAUUUUCUUCCAAAAUUGUUUGGCACAUGACAUUUAUUUGUAAUCUUGAACAUUAAGUGUAAGUUUUGUUUGAUUCUGUGAGAAUUAAUUUUCUUUUCUUUUUUUUACCUGAGCUCAAGUUUAUCUUUAUCGUAUGACCUGUGAUAUAUUGUUCCAAAUGUUUGGUACAGUAUUUCUAACAGAUUUGUUAGAGUGGGGCGCGAUGGCUUAGUGGUAGAGCAGUGGUUUGGUAACCGGGAGGUCCCCGUUUCGAAACCAAUUCGUUGCGGUAGUGCCCUUUGGUAAGGCAUUAAUCGUUUUUACCAAAUCCUCGGAGACGACUUAAAGCCUUCGGUCCACUGCAUGAUUGCUUUUUUAACAAGCAUACACAGGCUUUCUUAGCCGUCAUGUAAAACAAACAAACAAACAAAGUAGCGCGUCAAAAAAACACCAAAGUCACUGAAGGCUAUCAAGAUAAUUAACUUAACUUUACAAUUAUUAUACUGGUGUGUAGUUGAUACUGUACUGCUACAGUUUAAAAUCGUUAUUCUCGUUCUUUAGGGUAAAUAUAUCUUUGUGCAACAGCUGUUUUCAUUGCCGUUGUAUUCCCUCUAUUCUUGUUGAUGUGUCUCUAUGUUCAUCCCGUCUUCCUCUAUAAAUGCACUGUCUUUCAAUGGAACAGAAAACCCUUUGAAAUAGGAAUUUCGUAUAUUUUCGAUGAUUAUUUGAAUCACUGAAAAGACACGUUUACUAAUUUUAUGAAUGCUUCUUGAAGAAAUAUUUACCUUGACAACUAAAGAGAUUGCCAGAGGUUUGUCAGACAUAGCAAUAAUGAAUAUGGACUACAUCUGUAUAGAUGCCAUGGUGUAUGGCAGGUGAAUCAAUAGUUAAUAGAAACCCCUGAGUUCUGAAGAGGAGCGUGGAUACAUUUAAAACAUUAGUACACAAGGCUAUUCACGAUGCAGCUCUAUUCUAUCUUUAUUCUAUUCAGUAGAUUUGGUGUCAUGUUGUUGAAAAUCUCUAACUUGAACUAAAGGAAAUAUACGCAGUAACGGAUAUCAAUUCUUUGAUUAAUAAGUGGUUAUUCUUAAGGGAAUGAAUUAUUUAUGAAUAAUUUCAGAGGUAAAAUAUAAUUCGACACAGUUAUGCAUUUGUAUUCGUCAGUAUUGGUUAAUAUUUUAUUACUGACAAUCGUACGAAAUGUGACAUAAUAAAAUGGCAAAUGAAAAUAAUUGGAUGACAGAAACUGUUUUUACAAGACCUAUAUUUUGGUAUUUUGGAUUUUUAUCAAAUAUUAUUAAAGCUUCUUUAACGGCAAUGUUUCCUUCAUUAAAAAACAAAGUUCAUACAUAAUGCAAAGAUUUGUAUCUGAUAAAUGAAUUUGUUUACAUUAUUAAACCCCGAUAUUUCGGGCUAUGAUAGAGUAA